AACGUGCCUUGAAAACUAGACGUAACAAUCUGGUAGAAUCACCAUUAAAUGAUCAAGAGGUUGAUGAACCAAUUUCAAUACAUGAAAAGAGUGACCUGAUAAACACACUCCCAAGAACAAACAAGCGGCGAUUACCAGAUGACGAUAUUCAGGAAGGCCCAGACUCUUUAGAAAU